CGACAACUCUUUCAUCCAGCUUUCAUCUAAGCCGUAAACGCGGUCGGUCGUUCCGUUCUUUUUUUCUCUGCCAUAUUCGUCAUGUUGGUCCUCUACGAGACGGCCAUGGGCUACUGCCUCUUCAAGAUGUCAGACUCUGUGACGAAAAUGGAGGAAAGUCAAGUUCGGAAGGAAUUUGAGAGUCCAGAAUCUGCAAAUAAACUAUUGAAACUGAAGGCUCUGCACCGGUUCACGUCAACAGCUACGGCUGUAGAAGACAUGACUGCGCUCCAGGAAGGAAAGCUCGGACCUGGACUCAAAAAAUUCUUGACGGAUGAGGUCUUAGGGAAGGGUAAAGGAAAGGAUUCCCUUUUGGUUGUGGAUAAACACCUUGCAACAUUCAUAUCGAAAAAGCUCAGUAUCAAAGUCGCCGCGUCUGACUCUGAGUAUGAGGAAAUAUGGAGAGGUAUUAGGAGCCAACUUGCUGCUCUUUUAGAUGGGCUAGACCCCAAGGAUCUCGCCACUAUGAGCCUUGGUCUUGGACAUUCCCUAUCCCGGUUUAAAAUCAAAUUCUCUCCAGACAAGGUCGACACUAUGGUGGUGCAGGCAAUCGCUCUACUGGAUGACCUUGACAAGGAAAUCAACAUCUAUGCAAUGAGAGUCAAAGAAUGGUAUGGAUGGCAUUUCCCUGAAAUGGCUAAAAUUAUUGUGGACAACAUUGCUUAUGCUAAAGUUGUCCGCGCAAUGGGUUUCCGUACGAAUGCGUCUUCGACAACCUUCGCUUCUAUUCUCCCCGAAGAUCUCGAAGCUGUCCUUAAAGCUGCCGCGGAAAUAUCAAUGGGUACUGAAAUUUCCGAUUCCGACAUGGAACACAUCCAUUCACUAUGCGAGCAAGUUAUAUCAAUAGCUGCGUAUCGAACGCAACUUUCGGAAUACCUCCGUAAUCGUAUGACUGCGAUUGCACCCAACCUUACCGCGCUUGUUGGCGAGCUUGUUGGCGCACGAUUAAUCAGCCAUGCCGGAAGUUUAAUCAACUUGGCUAAACAUUCUGCAAGUACGGUACAAAUAUUGGGUGCGGAGAAAGCACUUUUCCGUGCCCUGAAAACCAAGCACGACACGCCUAAAUAUGGUCUCAUAUACCAUGCUUCGCUGAUCGGUCAAGCGCCUCCCAAGCUGAAGGGUAAAAUGGCCCGCAUGGUUGCGGCGAAAGCUGCUUUAUCGACUCGUGUCGAUGCCCUGGCUGAUUCUGACGAAAAAUCAGAGCCCAACGCUCCCUCAAUAGGUAUUUCCCACCGCGCCAAACUUGAGUCUCGGUUACGUGCAUUGGAAUAUCAAGAUGGACACUCAGGCAUUCGUAGGUUUGGGGAUAAUGGCCAGAAGCAGCAGAAGUUCCAAAUGUCAGGCGAAACACAAGUGUACAACACACAAGCUGAUUUGGUACCAACACAACGUGAGUCUCCUAUGGAGACGGCCAUCAAGGUUGUGUUAGAUGUGAAGGAGGAAAAAAAGAGGGCAAAAGAGGAACGGAAGGCGAAGAAGAAAGCUGCAAAGGAGAAGGCACAUGAUUCAGCUGACGCAAUGGAUGUCGAUGGCGAGGAGGAGGAAACAAAGGAGAAGAAGAGGAAGCGGAGAGAGAGCAACAUCAAUGGUGAAACUAAAGAAGAUACGAUGUCCAAGCCGGAGACGGAAGAAGAAAGAAAAGCUAGGAAAAAGGCACGGAAGGCCGAGAAGGCUGCUGCUAGCAGCACCCAAACGAACGGUGAUUCACCGAAGAAAAAAAAGAAGAAAUCGGAUGCAUGAUUUCCUUCUGUAUCUACUUCCUUUAUAUAAAUCUUUUUGUGCACUACUAUGGUAUUUAUGGAUAUGCACUGUGCAAAGAUAUGCA